AUGGAUCUUCCAGAGGCGGGAGCCGGCGUCCAGAUGGACUUGGCGGCGGACGUGCUCGCGGAUAUCCUGAUGCGCCUCCCGCCCAACACCCGCCGCCUGCUCCGCCUCGUCUGCCGCCACUGGCGCGACGUCGUCGGCGCGCGCACCGCCACGAACCUGCGGAGCCGCGCCAAGACGCUCGUCGCCACCACCACGGGAUCCGCGUACAUCGUGGACGACCUAUCCUUGGCCCCGGAUCCGGAGACCAGGCACAGAGAGCUGCGGACCUUCAACGCCAAGAGCAUGGUAGGCACCUGCAACGGCCUCAUCUGCCUCUGCGAUCACGGCGGCGCCAUCACCGUGGCCAACCCCGUCACCCAUCGCCAACUGCGCAUCCCACGGCUCCCACCGCCGUGUAGCACUGACCGAGGUAAGUGCUACAAUUGGAGCCGGCACGAGGCCUACGGCUUCACGUACCUCCCGAUCACGGGGCUGUACAAGGUCGUGCACGUCCCGUGCCACGUCAACCGGUCUUCAUACGAUAGAGUCCAUGUGAUCACGCUCGGGGACACGUCGUGGCGGGAUGUGCCGGCCGGGCCCGAUGCUAAGUGCGAGCUCAGCUACGGCGUCGUCAGCGUCGACGGCGCGACCUACUGGGCGGCACCGGAGGGCACUGAGAAGAUCAUGGUGUUUGAUCUCCAGGAUGAGCGCGUGACAUCCGUUACGUCGCUGCCGUCUGUGCUGUCCAACUCCAAGAACGACGGCCGCUGGCACCUAGCAGAGGUGCAGGGGAGGCUGGGUAUCGUGUUUAGCCGUGUCUCGUCGACGAUGGACAAGACAGAGGUAUGGGUCAUGGAGGGUGCGACAGGGGGACGACAGCAUGUACGGUGGAGCUGCUGGUACAUGGUGCAGGUGAGCACGCCAACGCAGUCGCCGAGCACAAGGAUACGGCGUCUCACCUGGCCGCUGUUCGUCCAUGGCGAGCACGUCCUGACAUGGGAGUGGUCGAUGGAUGAACGAGGCUGUGUCUUGUACAGGCACACUCCGAUCAACAACACCGGGGAGGCGAAGUGCGGCGUGGUGGAGAUAACCGAGACGAAUCGGGGGACGCGGGUCACUAAUAUUGAUAUCGCAGGCUACAAUGACGACCGUCGGACGUUCGGGUACGUGGAGACCAAGGAACCGUUGAGUAUUUACAAGCCACGAACGACCCAGGUAGUGAGGUAG